AAUAUUAGGUGGUACUUGUGCGUAUUUACUAUAUAAAGUAUGCCGAAAGUACGUAGGAGUAGGAAACAACCGCCUGAGGGAUGGGAAUUGAUUGAACCAACGCUCGAGGAGCUGGAACAGAAAAUGAGAGAAGCGGAAACCGAACCCCACGAGGGAAAGCGUAUUACUGAGUCGCUGUGGCCUAUCUUCAAAAUUCACCACCAAAAAUCGCGCUACAUCUACGACCUGUUUUACCGGAGGAAAGCAAUUAGCCGGGAGCUGUACGAUUACUGUUUGAAGGAAAAGAUCGCCGAUUCUAAUCUUAUAGCCAAAUGGAAAAAGUCCGGCUACGAGAAUUUAUGUUGCCUAAGGUGCAUCCAAACGAGGGACACAAACUUCGGCACGAAUUGCAUCUGUCGCGUACCUAAAUCGAAGCUGGAGGAAGGACGAGUAGUCGAGUGCGUGCAUUGCGGAUGCCGAGGAUGUUCUGGUUGAAGCUGUACCGCACGGAUGCUGGUAGUGUUUA